AUGAAGACCAAGGCAACCCCCAUGCUCGACAAGGAGGAUCGCGCGGUUGACACUUCUGCCACACUCGAUGAUCUUCACAUGUACCAGUCCAUGGUCGGCGCUCUUCAAUACGCCCCUCAGACGACUUGUCCCGACAUCGCUGCGCAGUUUGCGCCGUCGCCCAACAUCAAGUUACUUCUCCCACCGAGAAUGACUUGCUUGCCGUCAAACACAUCUUUCGCUACCUCGCUGGAACCAUCGACUUCGGAUUGUGCUACCAACUCAAUGGCUCUACCAAUCUCGUAAUCUACUCCGACGCCAGCUGGGCAAGCGACUUUGUGAAUCGUUGAUCAGUUGGGGCCUUUGUCACCUUGUUUGGAGGGGCUGCAAUCUCUUGGCAGUCCAAACAACAGUCGCUCGUCGCCACCUCUACUACCGAGUCCGAGAUUCUUGCCGCAUCUAAGUGAAAGGCACGAGAUCACUCUCGAGCCUCACUGAUUCCGAGUCCAGACAGAAAGGAUCAAACGGUGUAAUUCGCAGCCGAAGAAAGACUACUAA